AUGUCGUCGACGAAGGCCAUACUGCGUCUUGCCAGCAAGAGGCCUCUAGGGGCGGCUGCGCAGGCCAAGGGAUGCGCCCAACGUGCCACCCUUUCUCAAUCGACGAGGAGUUAUGCCGCCGACAAACCGGCACCCGACAUGAGGACAGCUGGGUCCGAUCUCCUGUCUGAGUUGCGAAAGGCUCCUCGCCCACCCAUGGGCAAGCUCUCCGCACCCAUCGUCAACGAUGCCGACAAAUACGCAGAUAAAGCCCUGCCACUCCAUCAAUACGGCCAAUACCUCAUGUCCUGCUUACCCAAAUAUGUCCAACAAUUCUCGGUAUGGAAAGACGAGCUUUGCAUUUACAUUUGUCCGACCGGCGUCAUCCCCGUCUUCACGUUUCUCAAGUACCACACGGCGGCAGAGUAUACCAUGGUUGCGGAUAUUACUGCGGUAGACUUUCCCACCAAGAGUUAUCGAUUUGAAGUAGUGUACAAUCUGCUCAGUGUGCGACACAACUCCAGAAUACGAGUCAAGACAUAUGCGGAUGAAGCGACACCGGUACCCUCAAUCACGUCCCUCUACGAUGGCGCAAACUGGUAUGAGAGAGAGGUUUACGACAUGUUUGGCGUGUUUUUCACAGGCCACCCCGAUCUCCGUCGAAUCAUGACGGACUACGGCUUCGAUGGGCAUCCGCUGCGCAAAGAUUUCCCUUUGACGGGAUACACUGAAAUCAGAUACGACGAGGAGAAGAAGCGAAUUGUGGUGGAGCCCCUGGAGAUGACACAGGCGUACCGAAACUUUGAAGGAGGCACAAGCGCUUGGGAACAGGUUGGUGUUGGCUCGGACAGGAAACCAGCAGAGUUCAAGCUGCCCACGCCCAAGCCUGAAGAGAAGAAAGAAGAGAAGAAAUAG